AUGUUCUCUUCCAAGAAGGCCACUAGCAGCAGCGCUGGCGCGGUGGCGGUGCAGGGGGGCGGGGCGCCCAUGUGCGUGCAGGGCGACUCGGGCCUCGUCCUCACCACCGACCCCAAGCCGCGCCUCCGGUGGACGGUGGAGCUCCAUGAGCGCUUCGUCGACGCCGUCGCCCAGCUCGGCGGCCCCGACAAGGCGACGCCGAAGACGAUCAUGAGGGUCAUGGGGGUCAAGGGGCUCACUCUCUACCACCUCAAGAGCCACCUUCAGGUGCGUCCGGCCAUGUGUGUGUUGUUGCACCCUCUAAUUAGGAAAUUCAGGCUGGGAAAGCAGCCACACAAGGACUUCAACGAUCAUGCAGUUAAGGAUGCUGCGGCAGCAAUGGAGAUGCAUAGAAACGCGGCCUCUUCUUCAGGCAUAAUGGGGAGAAACAUGAACGACCGCAACGUGCACAUGAACGAGGCCAUCAGAAUGCAAAUGGAGGUUCAAAGGAGGCUGCAUGAGCAACUAGAGGUGCAGAAGCACCUCCAAAUGAGGAUUGAAGCCCAGGGAAAGUACAUGCAGUCCAUCCUGGAGAAAGCAUACCAGACGCUUGCCACCGGCGACGUCGCGGCGAGCCCUACUGCCGGGUACAAAUCCCUAGGCAGCCACGCCGGCGUCCUGGACGUGUGCUCCAUCAAGGACAUUGGCCCGGCUUCCAUGGGCUUCCCUUCCCUGCAGGACCUGCACCUCUACGGAGGCGGUCACUUAGACCUGCAGCAGCAGCAGCCAAUGGAGAGCUUCUUCGCGUGCAGCGAUGGCGGCGGCAUUGGGUCGUUGGGGAAGAAGAGGUCCAACCAGUACGCCGGAGGCAAGAGCCCUAUGAUGUGGGGUGACGACGACGACGGCGACGAGGAUGACAAGGGCGAUCAGCUACUCCAGAUGGCACCGCCGAUGAUGGACGACAUAGACUCCAUGUACGAAGCGAAGCCGAUGAUGACCAUGUCCGGCGACUCCGCUGGUAACAGAGGAUUCGACGGCGGCAUGGGGUCGAAGCUCGAGAGGCCGUCCCCCCGGCGGCCGCACAUGGGAGCCCAGAGGAUGGGCAGCCCGUCGGUGAUCUACGGGUAA